UUGUUUUUGACAGUAGAUUCAUCCCUAAUUUUUGUGUUAUAUUCCUUUGGAAGGUUGUUCCUGCUGCUUAGAAUUCUUUUAAUGACAAUUUUUUGUUUGGUGGUUGUAAUGAUUGUCAGCUUUCUUCUCUGUCCCUCUUCCCUCACCUUUCCUUUCCCCAUCUACCCUUGCUGUCUGCUCUUUCUCUUCUUUUCUUUCCUUCUCUCUCCUUUGAUGGUAGCUAAACAUAAAAAGACAUUAGUUUAGCUAACAAAUGGCUUGUGAAUGAAAGCUUUACAGAUCUCAGAAUUUUUCUGUUAUUUGGCCAACCCAUCAAUUAGAUGCGUACACAAGGGGAGACAUUGUCCUGUUCUAUGGCCACUACCCAACGAGCACCAUCAUCACAUCAAGGGACCUGAGGAGGCUGUUGUCGGGAGGAACGGCCUAUCUGUGUGGCCACCUCCACACUGGCUUCAGUCUGGCAGAUCCUAUGUGGACUAAGCAUCCUAUCGGCCUUAUGGAACUGGAGCUUGCAGAUUGGGCUCAUCAUCAUAGGUACCGGAUUCUGUCUGUUGAUAAUGGCAGAGUAACCUGGCUUGACGUUAACCACUCAUCCUGGCCCGUUGUGCUUGUAUCAAAUGUUAGCUGUUAUCCAAAAGGGGUGUCCUCCAUCAGGUACAUUGUAAGGCUUCUCGUCUUCUCUAAUGAGGAGGUCUCAGCUGUAUCAGUGCGCAUUGAUGACAACUUGGGCCACUGGAUAUCCUGUAAGCACAGCCAUGGACCACUAUACACUGCAGUAGUAGAUGUGCAUACUGACCAAUGGGAACCUCAGGUCACAGAGGAGAAUUUUGUGAAGAAUUUGCAGAUUUUGAUUGGGAAUACUUCAGGAAGUAAAACACUGCUAAGGAUUGGUACAGAGGGAGCUGGCUUUGCUCAGCCACAUCCAUCUCGCAUUGGUACCAUCAUGCUUACAAUUAAUCUUCACGAUGCGUUCAUGAUCAUCUAUGUGGCGGGUGUUGGCUUGUGUGCUGUCCUCCUCUUACUAGGAAAGUAUCAAGUCUUUUGCCAACCAGUGAUUCCAAAGAAGUUGAUGUGCGCUGCAUCAGGUCUGGCUCACAACCAUGUGGUGUUUGUCCAUCUACUUAUCUUUCUUUUUUAUCCUCUCAUUGGACCAUGGUAUAUUGGCCGCCUUGCUGGGGAUAAAUAUGGUGUUGUGUUCAUGUGGGGCAUUUUUGUGGACUCCUCUGCUCUGCCAGGAGAAUUAACAUAUCCUGAUGCCUUCUUCCUGUGGGUCACUCUACAGCUACCUGUCUUUAUUUUAGUUAUGAUGAAAAAAGGAAUAAGCUUGGAGUCAGCUAGACACCGGUGCGGAUGCUGGGUUACUUUCUGCAUGAUGCUGAUAGUCCUCCUGCAAUUGCCAAGCAUCCUUUCUUGGGUAUUUCUUGACAGCCUACUGCUCAAUGGUCCACUGAGGCUGGGUCUGACAGCCAUUGCAGUUUCACUCUGGAAAAGGUUCUAAUUUCAUUGUUGAUUUUUUAUUUUAUUUAUUUAUUCAUUUUAUUUUGUGAGCAAUGCCAAAGGAAAAUGGAGGGUGACUUCUAUUGUGAUCUCUAAUGAUUGUGAAUUUGAAGUUAUUUUAUUUCUGUGUUAGUGAUUUGUGUGUGUGCCUUGGUCAGUGACCUUCUCAAGAAACAAGUUAUUUUAUGACAUGAUGAUAUUGCAUACACAGGGUAUUAUAAAAGGGUGAAGUGGUGUAUGGUAUGAAAUAACCAUUACCAUUAACUUUUAGAUCUAAAAUGGUGUUAAAAUACAAUAGAAAGUUUGUACACAUCAUUUUCUACUUUGAGCCCAUUACAUGAAUCUCAUAAUCAAAUACUGCAUUCAGGUUUUUGUUAUUACCGUUAUUGUUAUUUCUUUUUGUUGUUAUACAAUAAGAUAUUUUGGUGUUAGAUGUUGGAUGCUACUGAAUGGUAAUAAUGGUAUUUACAGGAACUUUACUGGGUUUCAUGUUAUUUUACUAAAUUAUCAUUGUAUAUUGGAUAAUGUCUUCCUGUAGAUUUUAUUCUUCCUCUUGAUUUUGAUUCUUGGAAUGGAGUGUAAGAAAGUGACAUUCAGAAACUACUAAGUAUAUAAUUCAUGUAAUGUAUCAGGAAUAUAAUGGUCUGUAGUGUAUCUGGUAUUAUUAUGUAGUAAUGGAUAUUAAGCAUGGCAUAAGGAAGAUCUAAUGGUUGAUGCUUGCAACAAAGAAAUUCAGUAUUAUGCUUCAUCUUUACAGUCAGCAGCCAAGGAACAUACAGGACCAAAAUGAUUCAACUGCUAUGUUAGCAUUAAAGUAGUGGUUAAAACUGAGAGAUAAAGUUAUUAAAUGGUACAUGCUUUUAAAAGUAUCAGUCAGGAUGAAAGUGUUGUAGGUAAAUGUAUAUUGGCUGUAUAUAUAUAUUUAGAUGAUGUAUACAUUAUGCAUGUAGAAUGAUAGAGUUUGCCUUGUUCUGUUAAGGAAACAAAGUAGGGCUGGAUAUGUAGAAAUCAGAUCAAGAUUUAUAGUGCUGUGAUAGAGAGAAUCAGUAUAAGUAGAAUUAUAUAUAGUAGCUUCAAUACAUAAUCAGCAUUGCGAAUGAAAAGGAAUUAUGGAAUGAUAUUUAUAUGUAGUGAGUCAAACUCAUGAUCUGUAGAUUUCUAUAAUGCAUAAUUGCAUUAGAAUGAUUAAUGCCUAAAAGUAGACAGACCAUUGAAAGUAUUUUAAAGAAUUAAGUUCUUAAGAAUUAAGUAUUAGCCCCUCUGCACCAGACGACCUGAUAUAACCAUAGGUAAGGAUAUUUCCCAUGCAGAUAUCAGUGGAAGGUAACUGCUGCUGAGGGAUUAAGCCAUUUGUCAGGGCAUUCAGACUAGUCUUUUAUUCUCUCAAUUUUAUUUAAGUUUAUAGACAGCUUUUAGAGUCAUAUACAGUUAAGCGUAUUGCAAACAUUGUGGCAGGAGUCUCCUGCCUGUGGCUGUAUGAUGGUAAUCCCAAGAUCAUUUGAACAGAUAUCUCAUGUUAAAUCUUUUUGACAUAAAAUUGCUUCUCUGUAUCUAUAUCUAUAUAUUCAUUUGUCACUCCAUCUAUCUCUAUAUAUAUGGGCAUGUGUAUCCAUCCAUGCAUUCACUCCAGAAAUGUGUAAAAUGGUGAAAUCUGUUAAAUGGUCAAGUGCAAAAAAAGGUGUUAUGUUACACAUUGCAUGGUGUGGGGAAUCAAAGAUAUGGUGGUAGUUUGGCUUUGCCUCAUGAUCUCUUUGUAAACAAUCACUAUUUCUGCAAGUGUAGGUUUUCUGAAGUAUCUCUGUGUGAAUGGCAAUGCAUAUUGUUUUUUACCUGAUAUCUUCAACAGUUAUUACUAAGUUAUAUUGAAAUCAUUAUGAUCUCAGUUAGCUCAAUUUACUCUCUCAGUAAGUCUUAUAGUGACUGCCAUGCAGGUUAAUUUCUUUACAAUGAAGAGGUGAGGGAUACAUUACAUAUGGAAUAUAUAUAUAUAUGUAU